CGGGGCGGGUGACCUCAGCCGGCCGCCACCCAGCCCGGCUCCGUGCGGAUGUCGCUUAAGAUGGCAGCGGAGACGGGGGAGCUCCUCGGGGCUUGCGAGUUCAUGAAAGAUCGAUUAUAUUUUGCUACUUUAAGGAAUAGACCAAAAAGCACAGCAAAUACCCAUUAUUUCUCCAUCGAUGAGGAGCUGGUCUAUGAAAAUUUCUAUGCAGAUUUUGGACCUCUGAACUUGGCAAUGGUGUACAAAUACUGCUGUAAACUAAACAAGAAACUAAAAUCCUACAGUUUAUCAAGAAAGAAAAUUGUGCACUACACCUGCUUUGACCAACGGAAAAGAGCAAAUGCAGCGUUUCUGAUAGGUGCUUAUGCCGUGAUCUAUUUAAAGAAGACACCGGAAGAAGCCUACCGAGCGCUGCUGUCGGGCUCUAACCCUCCCUACCUUCCGUUCAGGGAUGCUUCCUUUGGAAAUUGCACUUACAAUCUCACCAUCCUCGACUGCUUGCAAGGUAUCAGAAAGGGGUUACAGCAUGGAUUUUUUGACUUUGAGACAUUUGAUGUGGAUGAAUAUGAACAUUAUGAGCGAGUUGAAAAUGGUGACUUCAAUUGGAUUGUUCCAGGAAAAUUUUUAGCAUUCAGUGGACCUCAUCCUAAAAGCAAAAUCGAAAAUGGUUAUCCUCUUCAUGCCCCCGAAGCCUACUUCCCUUAUUUCAAAAAGCAUAACGUGACGGCCAUCGUGAGACUCAACAAGAAGAUCUACGAGGCGAAGCGCUUCACCGAUGCAGGCUUCGAGCACUACGACCUCUUCUUCAUCGACGGCAGCACACCCAGCGACAACAUCGUGCGGAGAUUCCUGAACAUCUGUGAGAAUACCACUGGGGCCAUCGCCGUCCACUGCAAAGCUGGCCUUGGAAGAACAGGGACCUUGAUCGCCUGUUAUGUAAUGAAACACUACAGGUUUACUCAUGCCGAAAUCAUUGCUUGGAUCAGAAUUUGCCGGCCAGGCUCCAUCAUUGGACCCCAGCAGCACUUCCUGGAAGAGAAACAAGCAUCGCUGUGGGUCCAAGGAGACAUUUUUCGAUCGAAAUUGAAAAACAGACAAUCCAGUGAAGGAAGUCUUAAUAAAAUUCUUUCUAGCUUGGAUGAAAUGUCAAUUUCUGGAAACUUACCCAAAGUACAAAACAUAGACAAGUUUGGAGAGGACUUAGAAGAGGAUGAAGAGAUGGAAAUGAAAAGUAACAUAACCCAGGGAGACAAACUACGUGCCUUAAAAAGUCAGAGACAGCCACGCCCCUCCCCGUCCAGUGUAUUUAGGUCCGAUGACACAAAAGGGCACCCACGUGCAGUGUUCCAGCCAUUUAGAUUAUUAAGCACUUCCCCACAACCAUCCGUGUCUACUGUGAAGGCCCCCAAAGUGGCUUCAUCCCCUUCUGCGUCGGCCAGGAGGAUAACCCGAGGUUCUGUGACUUCAAAUUCUAGUACAAGAAGCUUUUCCAUAAACUCCCGGCUGGCCAGUUCUCUAGGGAACCUGAACGCGGCCAUGGAUGAGCCCGAAAACCGAAAGACAUCGCCCCCCAAGACCAGCUUCCCCAGCAGCCCGUUCUCCAGCGUCUCCAAUGGCGCCCCCCAGACGCCCUGCAGGAACUACGCCGAGCUCAACAACAACCAGUACAACCGAGGCAGCGGCGGCGGCACCCCCGCCAACCUCAACAGCCACCUGGGGCCCCCGUGUGCCAAACCCGAGGAUCCCCCCACCCUUCUCCGGCCGUCCUAUGCCGCCGGCUUCGCGUCCUCCACGGGAAGGUUCCUGAGCCGUUCCAUCCCCUCCCUUCAGUCCGAAUAUGUUCAUUACUAAGGCCUUGCCACUGCGGUGAAAGCGGCUGUGCUUAGACAUCUGGAUGGGCAGUGUGGACAAAAAGUUCCUACUUACCGCAUGGAUUCCUGCUCUUUACCUUACAUUAGAGAAAGCACUAAGAUAAUACCUUCGAGAGACUUGAAGCCAGAAAUCUGGCUAAAUGACUACUAUAAAUGCACUGAAACUGUUUAUGGAGAUUUCAACCCUUUUUUUUUAAAAAAAAAAAAAAAAGACAGUUUUAAUGUUGAAUUUGGUAUUUCGAAAGGUUAUUUCUAAUGUAUUUCAGUAAUACAUUUGUUAUAUGUACAGUGUUAUAUUAUGUAUGUAUUGUGAACUUUGAAAGUCUAUUUUGAUAAAUUUAUAAAUAUCUAAAAAUGAUGUAUAAAAAACCUAGACUAUAUUUUGAUUUAGAUUUUCCUGCUGUUUGCUACCAAAAAUUUGUAUUUUAAGACUUCGUUUUAGUAUGGUUUUGUCUACAGUGAAUUCCUCCUCAUUAAGAUAAAAUAAGUGAGAAAGUUUAAUUUAAAGAAGUCAAGUUUCUCUAUACCAAGAGUAGAAUCUUUUUGAUAGGGCUUAUUUAAGACAAAACUGUUUUCUUUUGGUUUCAUUCUGGAGCCAUUUAAAUCAGCCUUGUUUCUAGCAGGCAGUCCAGUUCGAAAUCAGCUUCACUGGAUAUUUCUCCUGAAAGCAGGAUUCUUCUCUAUGAAAGGACUCCACAUUCCAGUGCUUUUAUUUCUUCGCACUUUUCCCAAGAGUGCUUUUUUUUUAAUGCCUUAAACCAUUUACUUAUUAUCUUACUUAACUCUGUACAUAUGCAGAGGAGGGGUAUAUAUGUUGAAAUCCAUGUCUGAAAUUUCCAAGAGCUUUGUCCCUAAGUGUACAAUGAUUAUUCUAAUGUCUUCUCCCUCCUCCUCACCUCCCCCUGCCCCCAACAAAAAAGCACUUCAGAAGUGAUUCAGUCAAUUAGACUCUUCUUGCUUUGGAUACAAGAUGGGUUCAUAAUGUACUAUGGUCUGACACCACUUUUAAAUGGAUGAAGAAGAAAACUGGAAAAGACGCUGCUAAGUAAUUCUCCAUAGUAAAGGAGAUAUUUUUUGAACAGAGUACAGCCCCCUUGGUGUGUGUGAACCUAGUGUGAAACAGAAGGGUCCCAAAGGCCUUACUGCCCUGUGUGUACGUGUGAUUUUUAUAUUCAUGCUUCAGAGCCUGUAAGCAAUUUCAUUUGCCUGGGAGAGGGAGGGCCUUGGGUUCUCAUUCUCUGCCAGACUUUUUUUUUUAAUGGGCAACACUGACAUGACAAGUGAAAUGGAUUCAUCUGAAGUUUUUUGUUGUAUCUAUUAGGAAUACGUUAUCGUAUUAAUUAGGAAGGGGUGACUUGAGAUCCUGUUAUGUAUGUGCUUCAGCAAGUCAUUUUCUCCAUGUUUUGAUUUUUUUUUUUACAUCUUUCAAAAAGGCAUCUGAUGAAUGUUUGACUCAGGUUUGUUAUUCUAUUUUUCAGUCACUGCAGUACCAAAUAAUUGUACUCCGUGGAUGGAAAAAAAAUGGAUUUAUAUGCUUUGGGAAUCAAAAGUUAAAAUAAGAGGAGUUAAAUUGUAUAUCUUUUUCAAAAGCUGGAAAGAUACUGUAUUUUAUUAUGAGUUAAUGUAAAAAAUGAUUAGCUGUAUAGGAAGAUGAUAGUAUUUUUUUAAAUUAUGAUUGAAAAGUAAUUCAGAUGACAUUUAAAAAGUAGGGGAAAGGGAACUGUACUGAUGUGUUCACUUCUGUGAACACUAAUUUGUGUGCAGCUAUUGAAAUGAUUGUGAGGUUGACUACUGUAAAUUUUCCAUAAUUAUGUGUGUGAGUUUAAGUCAUAUGUAUCUACAUGUGUAUGUCUUAAAAAUUACUUAUACACAUGUGCAUACAUAGACACAUCAAGAAAGGGAGGUCUACACCAUAAAAAAUAUAUAGCAAAGUAAUUCUACUCCAUUGAUAAAGUUGUUUGACAUGUAUUUUGUUAUGAAUAGUUUAUCUUCCAAAAGAUAUUUUGUUCUAUUUUAAAGUGUAGAUAAUACACUGCUAAUAAAUAAUAAAAGUUUUAUGCAAUUUA